CCGUUAUUCAGGGACCACGGUCGUCAUGCACCAUCCGUACCCGGAGGUACUGGUGGAGAUACAGGAAGUGCUGGAAACUGUGCUGGGGAUGCAGUUUAAUCAUGUGAUGCUGAACCGGUAUGAGGACGGAGGAGUGAGCAUCGGGAGACACAGUGAUACGCUAGAGAACAAGGUCAUAGCCAGUAUUAGCCUUGGCGCUGAACGGCAGUUCAUCUUCCGCCCAAGAGAGAAAUCUGCCGCAGAACCGAUCAAGCUGCGACCGGCAGACGGAAGCCUUCUCGUUAUGCAAGGUGAUACCCAAGUGAACUGGAAGCACGAAAUACCAAGAGAACCAAGUAUAAAGCGGGGCCGUAUAUCUCUCACGUUCCGACAAAUCUACGCUUGAGAUGUAGUGCUACUGUCCUUCCCAAUCUGUCGCCCCAGGCAUUAUUUGUAUACAUAACAUGACGAUCGC